AAAAUACUUAUAGACUAAGUAUCACCCAAGUAUAUACAUCACAUUUAUUUAUUAUUAUUAUUUUUAGAAAGACACGUUUAUAUCCUUAUUUUCGCAGGGAUCAUCAUAUACACAAAUCCUCCAAUAGGAACACAGCGUGCGUGCGUGCGCGCGCGCGUGUUCGCUGGCAGUUUUACCCGAGCCUUCCUUUCAGAGACAUGAUGUCGGACGCUGCUGCUACACGAAACACAGGAGAGUCGGGAUUAAACGGCUCAUGGGUGGAGCUCGAGAUGAACAAGAACUCCCCCGAGACGUCGCAGUCCGCCUCCCUGGGCACGUCCGGUUUGACCCAGGUUGUUGAAGAGGAUGACGGGAUAGUCGGGGGGCUGGAACACGUACCUUCUUCAUCCUCCAUCCAUAACGGAGACAUGGAGAAGAUCCUGCUGGACGCACAGCACGAGUCCAGCCGCAGCAACUCCUCCUGCGACAGUCCACAACGUCCCCGCAGUCCUCAGGAUGAAGGUCAGAUCAGCUUCGACGUGGACAGAGGAGAAACCCAGGAGGCACUGGAGAAGCUGAGGGAUGAUGAAAUUCUGAUGAAGGACUCGGACUGGGUGGCCGACUGGUCCAGCAGACCUGAGAAUGUUCCUCCCAAGGAGUUCCAUUUCCGACACCCUCGGAGAGCCGUCACGCUCAGCAUGCGUAAAACUGGAGCCAUGAAGAAAGGAGGGAUCUUCUCUGCCGAGUUCCUCCGAGUGUUCCUCCCCUCGCUGCUGCUCUCACACUUACUGGUCCUGGGGCUCGGGGUGUACAUCGGGAAGAGGUUGACGACACCCCCUGCCAGCUCAUUUUAAGCGUCGACGUGAAGACGCUCCUCAGCCGUGGCUCGUGUGGAUUUGAGAGAAUGUCGCAUUUUGUACAAGAAACGUAGCCCCCCCCCCCCCCCCCCCGCUCGCCCCAUAAUCACUUACUUUUAGUCACCGUUCUCCUCUCUCCUUUUAUAUCGGUACAAUCCAUUUCUGCAUCGCUCGGCCUGGAAAGUGCCAUAAGAGACCAGGAGGAAGUUAAACGCUCUAUAUCCUCUCCCCUCCCCCUCCUUUCCCUCUAUUCUGUAUUGUCAGGAGUUGUGAUUACAGUUGUGUCGUGUGUUCAGUGUUGUGGACGUGGAUACAGAGGGGGCAGAGUUUAAACCGAACACCGAACCUUAAAAUAUUCCACUCACGAAACCCGUAAAAAAAUAAUACUAAUAAUAAUCAUUUUUAAAUCGGGGGUCAAUUAAAGUAAGUACAUCAGCUUGCAGGUCUCGUAGAUAUUGCUUUAUAGCUCGUUGAGGUAUUUUGGAUUUAUUUAGCCGUUUAAAAAAAAACAAAAACAAAAAAACCAUUUUAAACUCGGUGUAUUCUCUGGACUCCUUUCGCAGCGCAGUGAGUGAAACCAUUAUCGCUUCUGCGUUUUUAUUUUUCAUUAUAAUACACACACACACACACACAUGCUAAUCCAGCAAUUCUGGUAAUUAACGAUGUCCUUAAUUAUCCUGAUCAAACCAGCACAAAAUCUCACGAACCAGCAACACUACUGAGACAGAAACGAAACUAGACCCCGCACCAGUAGGGGGCGCCUACCUAAGUGCCGCUUUUAAAUGCAGUCCAAAAUGAAACAUUGAAAUGAAUGCGACUUAUUCGUUAUGAUGCGGCCUUUUAAUUUUAUUAUUCCAAUUCGGAGCAUUUUUUUUUUCCGGAAAAGACCGUACGUGUGUGUGAGACCCAGAUGUUGGGCGUGGGCGAGACCUGUUACAUGUGAAGUGUGUAAAUGUUACCGCGUGAUGUAUUUAAAUUUGUGUGCGAGUAGAUCGGAGUGGGACGAAGUCUGCGGUCGUGUCCGUUGUGUUUGUGUCGCUUCACUGUUUUUUUUUUUUUUUUCUUUGUCGCUUUCCGUUUUCAUUUCUCUUCUCCGUUAUCGGACAUUUCUUGUGCUCCAAAACCUAGCUCCACUUGCAAGUGGCUUGUCGCAAUGAAGCAGUGAAGUAGUGUUAUUUGGGUGGGGAAAAAAACCCUACACAUUUUGUCGAGACUGCAAAUUAGCGGCUAAUCCGUACGUUUCGUUAUUCGGUUCUUCAGCGUUAAAGAUUAAAGAUAUCGUGAGGGGGAAAAAUAUCUUUUCCAGACCAGUCCUUACACUCGGCCUUCAGGGUUCCUGACAUCAAGCAGACAAAAGGGUCUAAAUCAAGGGUUCUUGACCUUGUUAUUUAAAAAUAAAUACAUAUACAGAGUACAGAUUAUUAUUUUUAUUUAUUUUAAUAUAUAUAUUUUUUUUCUUCCCACCCAUAGAACCCAUUUUUAAUCAGAUUGUCAUUAGAUCAGAGUCGACGUUAUUUACAGAUGCAGUAACUUUCAUACUUGUGGAUUGUCAUGUCCACUACUUAUAAUAAAACAAAAAAUAAAAGUGCAGACCCCCUGUCUACGCUUCAGACCCCUCUUUUAGAACCAGGGCUCAAGAUAUAAGCCAUUGGGGGUUUUUUUUAUUAAAUUAUUAUUUUUGUUUCCAUGGUGAGUAAUUUGAAUGAUCUUGGAGUAACCCUGGAGUAAUCCAGUGAGUAAACCACGCCCUUAUCAGAUAUAACGUGAAUGUGUUUCAGCCAAUCAGAUCGCGUGGUUGGAACUAACUGUCUUUAUGUCACGACGUCCGGUUAAGGCUGAUGUAUAAUACGCGUAUGUGUACGCGAGACGGCUGCCGCACGUAUCCUGAGGUAUAACGCCACGUGACGCGGUCCGCACCUGAAUAAACGAACUAGCGUCGUGUCCCAGAUCGCACGCUUGUGUCUUUAUCCAGACCGUUAUAAUCCAGUACUAAGAGUUUUCCUAUUACAGUUAGUGUUUGAAUUAAAAAAAAAAUAUCAAAGGGAUAUUUUGAGUACCAGUCUAGGAUUCAGGAUUUUUUUUUUAGAUUAGUAAAUAUUUCUGGAUGUUCAAUAAGGGGUUUUACGCAGAUCAUGACGACAAUCACAAAGACGGCAGAGAGAAACCGUAGUAGCAGACAGUCAAGUCGGGUCAAAUUCUCUUCAUUUUCCGCCGCACGACGACAAACAAGCUCCUCGUCCCCAGAGGAUACACCGGUCUUCUAUUUCAUCCGCAUUACCGAGAAUAGCUUUAGUUAGCUAAAUUCUAAAAUUAGCUGAUUCUAGCUAGGACGGGUAAGCGCGUUGUCCUGGCGACGGCGUGCGUGACGCAUUUGAACGUAUAAGAACUGAAGACUCUGGUCAGCGCUUUUUGUGAAAGCAGCCUUGUAAUUGAGCUGCAUUUAAUACGACUCCGCCCUCUAGGCUCCGCCCCAAAGACUAGAGAUGAAAUUGUACUAGAAUGAUAAUACAGUCCCACGUUAAAAUGAAAUGUUUGAUCAUGGACCGUCUUUUGGUCUGGAACGGAAACGUAUUUCUCCUCAGACGAACAGCAUUUCUCGACUGAAACUAUUCAGUUAGUUAGUAAGUAACGCUUCCUCUGUCUCGCGGAGCGUGAUUACUGAAUAUACAAUGAUUCAUUCAAAACGUGAGCUAAAAACCGGAACGUUUAAAGCGAGUACGGAUCACACUUCAGCUCGCAGCUUGGCAAGAUUUACACUUCCAAUCCGAUCAAAUGCCAUAUCAGGCAUGAUAUGGGGCAGCAGUACAAGGAUGACUGUAUUUCCUCCAUAGCCUUCAGUCGUCGAUCAUAAUAACGAGUAAGUCUUGGAGCAUGCUCUCAGGUACUGUAGAUAGUUUACUCGUAUCAGGGGUUACUGAUCAGAAGGUCGGGGGUUCAAGCCCCAGCACUGCCAAGCUGCCACUGUUGGGCCCUUAAGCAAGGCCCUUAACCCUCUCUGCUCCAGGGGGGGCGCUGUAUCAUCUCUGACCCCAACUUCCUGACAUGCUGGGGUAUACGAAGAAAAGAAUUUCACUCUGCUGUGACCAAUAAAGACUCGUUAUCAUCUGUAAUUUCUGUAACUAUUUCACUUUUAUUUCAGCAUAGUCCUCGUACAUGUUUAGGGUUCUUCAAAGCUUCUUUAAGGAUCCAUAAUGUUCCUUCGAUUAAAAAAAAAACCCUUUCAGAACCUCUGAGUGCACGUAGCCACGUUUUCAGAUAGUUUGCGUGAUCGACACAUUGUGUCUUAAAGCAACAUUGUGACGUUUUUCACAAUUGUCCUCCGUUUUGUUUUAUUCCUCCUAUAAGACCUCCUCAUCACUCGGUCUCUCCUUCACCAUUUCGCGUAAGUGCUCACGCCCCCGUGUGCACCGCCACGUUCCUGUUACUUUCCGUUGAUGGGAUUCUUUCUUUUCUUGUUUUUUUUUUUUUUUUUUGUCUUUCUUUUUUACCGCUUUUGUAGCUAGAGAUAAUGAGUUGAAUUUGUCGGAUUGUUUAGAUUGUGGCCGAGCUAAAGCUUACAGCGAGUUGCUUUGGGGCGUGGAGAAACCUCUUUCACAGAUUACCCCUGUCCGUGGACAAUUCGGAUCGUUUUGACAUUAAAUUUAAAGAAGAAAU